CACCCCAGGAUCAAGACCUCCCACAUUCUGUCCGCCCCUGCCUGCCGGUCCCUGACGAAACGGAGACACAGAAGAACAUUCUGCGGUGCGCUCUGCCUGUCAGACGGCCGACGUCGACGACCGUGACUCGUUGUUUGUCAUCGCUUCUCCCUUUCUGCCCUCUCUCCCUUCGACCGUCCCCGAUAACGCUCUUCUCCGCUAUCCACGCACAUCUCGCUCACACACACGAUGCCUCCCCCCGAAGAGUAUGAUGAGCUGGACGCCGACGGGGAAGUCGAUGGCCUGGACUCGUCUGCUACCAACAGUACAGCACCCUCCCAAACGACAGCGACAGCAGCCUCUUUGGCUGCCGCAAGCGGCGUCGGCAAACGAUACCGCCCUGCCCCUGCGAAAACCUUUCAGUGCCGUGGAUAUGGAGAGUGCAGGAUGGUUUUCAGUCGGAGCGAGCACUUGGCGAGACAUAUACGAAAGCACACGGGUGAACGCCCCUUCACAUGCCACUGCGGGAAGCAGUUCUCCCGUCUCGAUAACUUGCGCCAGCACGCGCAGACGGUACACGCGGAAAAUCCAAGCCGCAAUGAAGCUAUGAUGCGUGACUUGGCCAGCGUGCAUGCCACGAUGACCGCUGGGAACGGGAACUUGGCAACGACGAAUGCCGCGUCCCCUAGCGCCGAAGAAACGGGUGCCAGCACCACAGCGACGGUCAAGCGGACUGCAAGUAAAAAGCGCCCGAACACCAAGGCUGGAGGGGUCAAGGUCAAGAAGGAGUCCGUGGAAAUGCUCCCCAGCCAGCGACCGGGCACCUCGACCGGGUAUGAGGGCGCAGCUGCUUCGUAUCCAGACACUUCCGGCAUGGAUGUCGACGGAGAAGGCGAAGAUGAUGAAGAUGAAAGAAGAGAAGAAGUUGACGUAAAACCACAUGUCCGGAGUACACAAACCCAAGCAACAAUCCCCCGCCGCGCACCUCAUCAGCCCUCCCCGCCAUCAGAGUUGGGGAGGGCGCGUUCGUUUCGGUCCUCGCAGUUUCGAGCCAACUCCGGCGGAUUUCGGCCGAGCUCAGCCAGCGCCAGCUCUGCCGCCAUCGCCCCCGGAGGGUCCUUUCGUGAUCCUCUCCCCGCUCAAUCGUCAUUCGGAGUUGGGAGAGAUCGAGAGUCAUUUCGAAGCCACCCCUAUGCACGGCGGUCACCACCCGAGCUCACCCCAUCCCCUCCCAUCACCCAGAACCGGGUCACCUCUGGGCGCCCAUUUUCGUCCGCAUCCACCGGGUUCGAUGGUCUUCCCGGCUCAAGGCCUGGGACCGGGGGAAAUGGUACACGACUUCCGCCCAUCACAGCAUUCCUCCCCGCUACCGGGCUUCGCCCCGGGUCCAGCUCCAGUCGACCCGGGUCCAGUUCCCAGUCCGGAGGAUUAUCAGCAGGAGGGAUACUCCUUCCGGGUUCACUCACCUUACGGCGACCCUCGACUGGCCACGACUGGGAAUGGGGCGAUGCAUGGGACGUCCGACCUGGGACUGCCCCCGGAAAGCUCCUCCCCUCACGUGCUGCUCCCCCAGACCUCGACGAUGCAUCUCCGUUCUCAUUCCAUGUCCCCGACCAGCCAAGUGCCGCCAGCGCCGCCGCCAAUCACGGGGGCUCACGCAAACGCCCGCUCGGCGGCCCGGAUGGGCCGUAUGGGCCGUAUCCAGACGACGACGGCGGCAAGUCCCGGCCCGCGAGUCGGCGCUUCUCCGUCAUGGAGCUCUGCAACGACAACCAGCAGCGACCGCCCACACGUGAGCGGGAGCGGCCGACGACGACCAAUGGGCUCAUCUCACGUGCCUCGGCGCUCGUCCUCGACGAUCGAGAUGCGGAACACGACGCCGUCUUUGCCUGGGAGGCGGGUGAACAGCAUUUCGCCCCCGCCGACGGUCCCAUUGCUGGCACAGCCCCAGGGAGUCGACCGGGAAGCGUACGCGGACGACAUGCGGCGGCACCAGGAGGACCAACUGCGCCUGACGCUUGGCCACGAGAUGAGCGGCGGCUAUCCGGAGUCCCAUCACUCGCAUCCCCAGGCGCAUCAAUUCUAUCAAGGGUAUAUGCUGGACCAGCCGCAAGCAUACCAGGACUACCACCACCCGUAUCAGACGCCUGGUCUCGAGAUGCGGAUGGAGCAGAUGCAGAUGAUGGAGGCAGCCGGUUCGGGAUAUCCCGGCUACCAGCACCCUACGGGCUAUCCGCUUCCGUACGAGCAGCCUCCCGAGAUGGGUCAUCACCACCCGCAGGAGUACCCGCUGCCCCCGGACGCGGGACCGCAUUUGGAGGCGGUCUCCCCGGGAUCGCCCUACUCACAACACGGCUUCCACCUCAGUCAACAGCCGCUUUCACCCUACCCCCACUACGGUCCGGAGACGGUUCCGUUUCACCCCGAUCCCCAACAUGGGUUCAGCAGCAGCACCACCGUGUACGGAGCUUCGACUAUCAGCCCCCAGGACACGUUCAAGCUGUACGACGCGGAUCUCCUGGAGAUGAAUAUGAAUAUGACCGUCGGGUUGAGAGCGGAAUGAAGGUCUGAUCCUGUCUUGUAGCAAUCUAAUAUUCUUGCCUUUACUUUAAUACACCUAUCUACGUACUCCAAUCUACUAUCUACACGCUGUGCUUGUAUAUACCUGCCUCCAACGUCGUUGUUUGCUGGA